AUAUAAGCAUAACCAAUAAUCAUCGCUUCAAUUUUCGUCUUGAGAAAGAAAACAAAAAACAAUGGCUUCGAUUGGUGGAUUACACGGUGCAUCUCCGGCGGUUCUUGAAGGAAGUUUAAAGAUCAAUGGCUCGAGCCGUCUGAAUGGCCCUGGAAGAAUGGCCGUGGCUCAAAGGUCUAGACUUGUCGUCAGAGCUCAACAGAGUGAGGAAACUUCUCGUCGAUCUGUGAUUGGGCUCGUGGCUGCUGGUUUGGCCGGUGGCUCGUUUGUUCAGGCUGUCCUCGCAGAUGCUAACCCGAUCAAAGUUGGUCCUCCUCCGCCUCCUUCCGGUGGCCUUCCUGGAACAGAUAACUCAGACCAAGCAAGAGACUUUGCAUUGGCAUUGAAGGACAGAUUUUACUUACAGCCAUUGCCACCAACAGAAGCUGCAGCUAGAGCCAAAGAAUCUGCAAAGGAUAUCAUAAAUGUGAAGCCAUUGAUCGAGAAGAAAGCUUGGCCAUAUGUUCAAAACGAUCUCCGUUCCAAGGCUUCUUAUCUUCGUUAUGACCUUAACACAAUCAUUUCCUCCAAACCCAAGGAUGAGAAGAAGUCCCUCAAGGAACUCACCACCAAGCUCUUCGAUACCAUUGACAAUCUGGAUUAUGCGGCGAAGAAGAAGAGUCCUUCGCAGGCUGAGAAGUACUAUGCUGAGACAGUCUCUGCUUUGAACGAAGUUCUUGCCAAGCUUGGUUGAGCAUUUUAAUUCUGCUUUUUCUUGUAAAUUAUCAUGUCAUGAUUUUUGUUUUCUGAGUACUUUAGACUCAAAUUCGUGAAUCUGAAUUUAUGUUUCACGUUUUCACCAAAAAAAUGGUAAUUUCUUGAGUAUGCAUUAACUUU